UUUGCGUUUGAGUUGAACGGCCAUGGAGCAGCACGAUGUGAAGCCGGACGAGGCUAGCGAGGGCAUCACUAAGAACCCAGACCUGCCGCUGUCUCACCCAGACGAUGGAAGGAAAGGAGAGACGAAAAGUGGAAACGAUACAUAUCGCUGUGUGAAUACUCCGUUGACAGGCCCAACUGCGACGUCGUCGAGCGAUCACCUCCCUGGUGUGACCUCGUCGUCUUCGCCUUCUGUGGAAGCGGACUCGCGCACUGUGUCUCUCCACGAUGCUGCGUUUAACAACGAGCUGUACGGGCAGGGCACGAACAUCGUCGUCACGUCCAAGUACACGAUUUUUUCGUUCUUGCCCAAGUUUCUCUUUGAGUCGUUUUGCAAGGUCGCGAACCUGUUCUUUCUUGUCGUCUCGAUUCUCCAGACGAUCAAAGCGAUUUCCAACACGUAUGGCGUCCCAACGAACGCACCCACGCUGCUCUUUGUUAUCUGCAUUGACGCGAUCUUUGCCAUCAUGGAAGAUUUGCGCCGUCAUCAAAGCGACGAUGCCGCCAACUCGGCGACGUGUCACGUCGUCGUGGAUAAAAACACAGUCGUGGACCGCCUCUGGUCCCACGUCAAGGUCGGCGACGUACUCCAGAUUCGGAAUCGCGAGGUCAUUCCAGCAGACGUCCUGAUUUUGUCGGUGGACGAGCCCGACCCACAUGUCCCCAGCGGGAUUUGCUAUGUCGAGACAAAAUCCCUUGACGGUGAAACAAACUUGAAGCUUCGCCAAGCUCUACCUGCCACCAUGGGUACCCUUCGCAACACGUCGGACCUGCUUCGGCUCCAAGGCACGGUUGUUUGCGAAACACCAAACCCGUACAUCAAUAAGUUUGCAGGCAAUAUGGACGUGACUGUGGACGGUCAAGUGUGGCCUCGCGAACCGUUGAGUAUCAAGAACGUGCUGCUGCGUGGUUGCACGCUGCGCAACACGGACUGGGUGUACGGCCUCGUCCUGAACACAGGCAGCGACACCAAGAUCAUGCAGAGUGCGUCGGCGGCGCCGACCAAGUGGAGCGACGUCAUGGUCACGCUGAACAAGUGCAUUGGGAUGCUGUGCAUUGGGCUAGUCGUGCUCUGUUCUGUGGCGGCGACCGUGUUUGUGACGUGGCAGAACCAAAUCGCGCGCGAGGCAUGGUACCUCCACGGGACGCUCUCGACGCACAAAUUCGUGAUUGAAACGACAGGCGACGCGAUCCAGACGUGGUUUACAAUGUGCUUCUACUACUUUUUGCUACUCUAUCAAGUGAUCCCGAUCUCGCUGUACGUGUCACUGACAACUGUCAAGUUUUUGCAAGCCAUGUUCAUGGCGUGGGACCUCAAGAUGUACCACGAAGAGAGCGACACGCCUGCGAUUGUCCGAACGAUGGCUCUGAACGAAGAACUAGGCCAGAUCUCUUAUAUCUUUAGCGACAAAACCGGUACGCUUACAUGCAACGUGAUGGACUUCCGCAAGUGUUCGAUCAACGGUGUCAGCUACGGCUCGGGGCUGACGGAAAUCGGCCGGGCGGCUCUCAAGCGUGCAGGGCUUCCGAUUCCACCAGAACCGACAGCCGACCCGAACGUCAAGUCAAUUCCUUAUGUCAACUUUGUCGACCCGGCGCUAGACGAGGUUAUGCGCGGCACCGACCCCCGCGACGAAGUCCAACGCAAAAAGUGCCACCAAUUCUUCGAGCACUUGGCCGUUUGCCACACCGUGAUCCCAGAAAAACUCGACUCGGGAGAAAUUCGACUAAGUGCUUCGUCGCCCGAUGAACAGGCGCUUGUCGCUGGCGCACAGUACAUGGGGUAUAAGUUUGAGAGUCGUGCCGUUGGCAAGGCUAUCCUGGACGUUGCCGGUGUUGGAAAAAAGUCGUACGAUAUUCUCGAAGUCCUCGAAUUCAACAGCACGCGGAAGCGCAUGUCAGUAGUUGUCCGUUUACCCACGAACGAACUGGUCUUGUACUCCAAGGGCGCCGACAUGAUGAUUUACGCCCGCUUGCACCCGUCGUCGAAAGAACUAGAAGCCAUCACGUCCCAGCACAUGGAGCAGUACGCCGACGACGGUUUGCGCACCCUCGCGCUCGCCGUAAAGCCUCUGGACGAGGCUUGGUUUGCCACGUGGAGCGCCAAGUACCGCGCCGCCAGCGGCUCGAUCGAACAGCUCGAGAAGCGUAAGCAGGGUCAGCCGAAUGCGAUCGACGACCUCAUGGAAGAAAUGGAGUCCGAUUUACACCUCAUUGGCGCCACCGCAAUUGAAGACAAGCUCCAGCGCGGGGUCCCAGAAUGCCUCUCGAGCCUCAGUUCCGCCCUCAUCAAGGUGUGGAUGCUGACAGGUGACAAGGAAGAAACAGCCAUCAACAUCGGGUACGCUUGCGCGUUGCUCGACAACGCAAUUGUCCAAGUCAUCAUCAACUUGGAGAAUUGCCCGACGCCUGACGCCAUUCGUGAGAAACUCGCGUCAGCUGCCGACGCGUACCAUGCCAAGCAAGGCCAGGAUCGGUAUGCGCUCGUCAUCGACGGGGAAGCGCUCGAAGUCGCGCUCAAGCCUGACAUGAAGAAGGACUUGUUGGGUUUGGCUCAAUACUGUGUCGCGGUCAUUUGCUGUCGGGUGUCGCCAGCUCAAAAGGCUGAAAUGGUGAUGCUCAUUCGAGACAAUUUGCCUGAAGCAAGAACGUUGGCGAUCGGGGACGGCGCGAACGAUGUCGCAAUGAUUCAAGCGGCGCACAUCGGCGUCGGCAUUUCCGGCCAGGAAGGGAUGCAAGCGGUCAACUCGAGUGACUAUGCCAUUGCCCAAUUUCGUUUUCUUCAGCGGCUCCUGUUGGUUCACGGUCGGUGGAACUACAUGCGCAUAUCCAAAGUUGUGCUGUACAUGUUUUACAAAAACAUUACGCUCGUGCUGGCGCAGUACUGGUACGGGUUUCUCAGUGGUGCGUCCGGGUCCAAAGUGUACUGGGAAUUGGGCGUCCAAGUGUACAACAUCUUCUUCACGGGCCUCCCGAUUGUCGUGCUCGGUGUGCUCGACCAAGACUUGCCCGACUCGAUGAGUCUCCGGUACCCGACGCUGUACCAAGUUGGCCCGAACCGGUCCUUGUUCAACUUUUAUUCGUUCUUCCGAUGGCUUGGUGCCGCCAUGUACGAAAGCCUCAUCAUUUUCUUCGUCAUGGUGUACGGGUACAACUCGAAGAACAACGCGAUCGGGUCCGAGUCCCGUGUUGAGUACGGCAUGGUCGCGUUCACACUGGCGGUGCUGAUUGUCAACUUGAAGAUCUGCCUCAUCAUGUGCAACUGGACGUGGGUCCCCCGCGUUACGUGGUGGACGAGCGUCCUCAGCUGGUUUGUGUUUGUAUGGCUCGGGACCACCGUGAUUCCAUGGUUUGCCACACUCAAAGUCGGGUACGACGAGUUUGGCUCGUUUGUCCCGACCUUUGAGUCGGGGUCGUUCUGGUUGAUUCUCCUGAUCGGGUCGUCGAUUGCGCUCGGUCGCCACUUUUCGUGGAACCAGUACCAGCGCCUCUUUUCCCCAGAGCUGUACCAGAUCCUCCAAGAGGCGGUCUUGAUCGAGAAACUACAAACCAUUCGCAUGACCGUGGCCAACAUCGAAGAAGCUCGUGAAUUCAGUGUGUCCCUUAACGAUGUCGCGCCGGAAGAGCUCGCCAAAUUCCAAGCCCAAGACACGUUGGGCAGUCCCAUGACUGCUGGACGAAAAGCACACGCCAAGAGAGCCCUGCUACGUCCUGGCAUCUCGAGAAAGAACACGGGGUACGCCUUUAGCUGCGACGAAGAAACCACGAUGGCCGAGUCGUUCAUCGCGACCAACCACCACCAAGAAACCCGCCAGAGCCAAAUCAACCUCAACGCCCCCACACUUCAGCGCUAAGUCGAGUCGUGGAUGCAUUUCUGAACCUCAUUUACAUAUCACCUAUUUUACAAAGAUGUGUCGUUUUUUGUUGAGAAUACAUUAGAAAAUUGCGUCGAAA